UCACACGGCGUAAACACAAAGUUUCAAUUACGCAUAUAUCAGUUCCUCAACAUCGAAAACCGGUAAAGUGCCAAAGUUCCCCAUGCGCUACAAUACCCUUUCUGCAAGUCCACUUCAAUCUACCAUGCUAUCUGGGGUAUACUACCGACUCCAGCGCCUAUAUAUUUAGCACCAUGUCCUUGCUCACAUUGACUGGUUAGGAACGCAGGAUGCCGACAUGAAGAGAGAAAAAGCAACGAAAACCACACCAGGACCUCACGAAUCGCUCGAUUUCAGCGCCUCCAUUUGCGGCCCACUCCUCGUAUGCGCCCGCUUCAUACACUCCACCGACCACAACAGGAACAAAUUCUGACUCGGCGGCCCCAAUAUACUCAGCAACGAGUACGUGUAUCCGCCCUCCCCGAGCGCCCCGACCAGGUAGCAAAACCCAAAAAACGCGUCCCCGCCCAAAUUCGCAAUGGCGGCGUACCGAACAAGUCUCACGAACUGGGCCACGUCAGCGGUUUGUUCAGUCCCGGUGGAAAGCACGUCGAAUGCCCUCAACAUGGCGACAUUAUGUGCGCAGAUGGUCAGCAUCGCAACACCGAGCCCGACGUCCACGAGGGCGACGACGAGAUAGCCUGCGGCGUACGGGAGACCGAAGUGGAAGGGGACGCUGUCAAUGCCGUGGGAUGUGCCGAUGAGGAAGAUCGUAAGGGCGAGGAUACCCAGUGUGGAAACGAGGGCGAGAAGACCCGCGAUGAAGUAGGUGUCCCAGUGGCGCGGCCGAUUGCUUGCGAUGAGGAUGAAUUCGAUGCGGAAGCCUUGGACGAAGGCAACAGAGAGGGCGCCGAUGUACCAGAAUGGUUUCGGGAGAUGCGCCCAAUCCGGAUGCCCACCCCACUGAUACCAAUCGCUCACCGAAUACAGCUCCAGAACAUAGCCGAGCAUGAAAGAGACGGGCCCGACAAGCAUGAAGAUGUUAUACGUGGUCCAGCCGCGCCGUCUUCCGUUCCUCCAUGCCAACGCAAUGCACGCCGCUGUUAUCAGCAUGGCCAAAACAGCAACCAUAACAUUGGGGAUGAUGAGAUUAAUCCCCGUGCAAGCCAUUGUGGCCGUCUCCCAUGUGCCAUAAUGCCCGCUGUAGGUAAUGAGGAGGGUGCCGUUCGGAAGUUGAGUCCAAUGGCAGUAGGGGUCAUCUACGCGGCCCAUUUCUGGGGAAGCUAUGUGGUGGUCUUUCUUUUGGCGGAAGGAAAGGUUGGAUUCUACUAGUUAUGCUGUACACUGGGUCGGUGGCCGCGGGUUCGGGACGGGAUUAGCGCGAGCCUAUUGAACUUAAAGAGUGUGCCGCAAACGAGGAUCGUUCCCAUUUCUUCCCAGUUGUUCAAUAGAAAAGACUAGAUCAUCAACCUGUGUGCUCAACUGUUGUUGAUCGAAAACACAAACUGAU